AGAAAAAGUGUCAGACGACGCACGAUUAAUAAAUGUUAUGAAUAGAUACAAUAUUGAGUCGACAAUUCAGGCUUUGUCGGAAACUGGAAAUACCAAGGAGGACCAGACCAAAAAGACUUUCUUUAUUCUGAUCGGAGUCACAGUAGCAGAGGCUCUCAUAAUCUCCGUUAUCAUUUAUGUCUCUCUCGUUACAAAGAAUAAAUACAAGAGAAAGCUUAAAGCAUCGAAUAUUAAACCUCUAGAUCAUGUUCAGCUUGAACAAUUAGAAGAAAAGACAGCCGCAAUACCAGGAAGUAAUAUGUACGCAAAAACGUACAACCCUCUUCUAAAUGCCAAAAUUGACAGCAAGAAGAUUUCUGGAGAUAUUGACAGCGACAGUGGACAAAGCGACGAUGUGGACAUGGAUGAUAACGAGGUGGGUGAAGCAGUAGACAGAGACACUGUUUAUGACAGAAUGGAAGAGAAGGAAGCUACCAUGGACUUGUACAACGAUGAUACCAGACAUGCCGUGUCGAGUGAGGAUUUGCUGGGAGCCACCCUACAACUCCAUGCUCAAAAUAAGUCUGUGGAGAGCCUGGAUCGAUUAGAUGCAGAUUCCACAUUCGAGACGCUGGAUUCAAGGGAUGCCUUUGCAUACAUCAAUGAAACUUACGAAGACAUGGAAAGCACGGAAAUUUGAUUAUUUUUUAAUUUACGUUUGAUAUGUUUAUUGCAGUGUUCAUAUAUAUAUAUAUUAAAAUGACACUCUAAUUCAAAAUCAAUACAUUCACAUGUAUGGCAACAUAAAUUUUGAGUGAUAAACCUUUCACUUUUUACAAAAUAAUGCAUUUAUGGAAAAUAUCAAAAUCUGACAACAAGAUAGUA